CGGCCCUGGAGGUGUGUUUGGUUUCCACAGCUGCUUUCAGAGUCUGGCAGAGCGGAUCUGCAGGCUGGUAAACCGACACCUGUCUGCCACCUUCAGCUCCUUUCUGCCUCCCGCUCUGUGCAUUUACCGGACCGCUUCCUCCCGGACAUGAAGGACAAACACAGCCAGCAGGUGAAGGCUUCGGCUCCGGACCGGUUCGACAUGUCCAGCUUCGAGGUGUCGCUCCAGCAGCUCAACGACCUGCUGACGGACGACAGCGGCUUCUACAGCUGGCCCACCAAACACUUCCACGAGGUCUACCCACGGAUCUACGUGGGCAACGCAUUUGUGGCGACCAACGUGAUGCGCCUGAAGCGUCUGGGCAUCACCCACAUCCUGAACGCCGCGGAGGGAAACUCCUUCAUGCACGUCAACACCAACGCCGAGUUCUACGCCGGCACCGGCAUCGUCUACCACGGCGUGCAGGCCAGCGACACCGACCACUUCGACAUCAGCGUGUUCUUCGAGGAGGGGGCCGACUUCAUCGAGAAGGCGCUGGCUUACAAGAAUGGAAAAGGUAAAAUCUACGUCCACUGCAGGGAAGGCUACAGCCGCUCUCCCACCUUAGUCAUCGCCUACCUGAUGCUUCGCCUGAACAUGGACGUCCACACGGCUCUGGCCAUGGUGCGACAGAAGAGAGAGAUCGGACCCAACGACGGCUUCCUGCGGCAGCUCUGUCGGCUGAACCAGAGGCUGGCCGCAGAGGGAAAGCUCUGGAACAAGUGAAGCAGACGAGGAAGCAGAUGAGUUUGCUUCAGCGCACGUCCCUUCCUUUCACCAGUUCUACAGCUUGAAUGAGCCUCAGAUCUGUGAGGGAACGUUGUGGGAGCGAGGAAAGCGGGAACACGUCGUCUUAUAGGCUGAGGCUGACAGCACUGAGUGUAUCUACAUUACAAAAUAAUACACACUAUUAACACCUUCGUACGGUAUUCUAAUUGUGCUCUAACACUUCUUAAUGUGUGCUGAACAUACAAUGUAACGUGUAAAAUCAGGUCCGCCGUAUUCACUGAGUGUUUACAUGCUCUCACGUAUAUUCUGAAUGUUAGAUUUAUCUCUCUCGGAUCACAUUUCCCACGCUGUGCACAGUUUCGGUGUGUUUUCCUGCUGCUCACCAUUUCACAGAACAGUAACCGAGUAUAAAGUAGGGCUGGCCCCAAUAGUGGUUUCUGGCCUCCGGAUAUUCAGGCCCUAUUAAAGACGAAUAUCCGAAUAUUCGUUCCGCCCCGUAACGUCCGACGGGGGGAUGGGGGACGAGCCGAAUAUUCGGAUACCAAAAUUAAUAUCCGGAUACCGCCGUAACGAACGGAUAUUCGGGUCCAGCCCUUGUAUAAAGGGAAUGUAAAUAUGCAUAAAUACAAUCAUUGUGGGAAGUGGUUAAAAAAAUACCGAUGAUUUUCUCAUCCAGAUUCCAUUUCUUCAUCCUGACAUUGGGCCUCACUCCUGCAAACACUGCCAAACGUCUCAGUCCCAGCUGCCCUCGAAGGGGGAUUUUAAGCAGACACUGUGAUUUUUCUUACCAAAUCCAAUGAUUUUUAGGAUGAUGUUAAAAUAUUUCUGUCUGAUAUUUCUUGUAUGUUUUAGGAGGCUGCACAAUUUUUGACCUCGCGUCUGGAAACCUGCCUCAGAAGUAUUUCUCAGUCGAAACUUGCGGUUAUUGUGCUUUAUAGAGGAAUUCUGUACUAUUUAACAUUGCAAAUUGGCUCAAUUUUUAUCGAUAAAAUUAGUCUAGUUUGAUGUUAUUAGAGCAGCAAAGGAAACAGGGAAUCGUUUUACAUUUUAGGAGAUGUAAUGUCAAACUACUGCUUUAAUGAUCAACUCUUCUAUCUGAUUGUAAUCCAGCACUGCCAGAAUGUGAGAUGUGUUUGUCAGGAACUUCUCAGUCGACACCUUUUUGCACAUUAGUGUGUUUACAUUUGUGUGUUUUUGUCAGAGUAUAUGCAGUUUUCUAUUGUACAGCAGCAGCAUGCUUUGUAAAAUGAGCCCAGGUGUUGUUUCCAGCCCUUUGUACCAGCAGCUGUGUGUUUCUGUGCGUGCCGACUGUGUGUGCGACGUUCAGUGUGCGUUUUUUCGUCACGAUGUGCAUUAUUGUGAACGUGGAUCAUCGUGUGCAUUACCGAGUAGGAUGUGAUUGUUCAUGACACUGCUCUGAUGAAGUGCACUUUAUCUAAUGACACUGGUGAUUGUUGUAGCUCUUUUUUCAGAUAUUCAGUAAUAAAUGACGAAAAAGACA